AAGUAGCUCAAAGACAAUUCCACACUGGAUGUGAAAAUCACGCCGAGAGGAAGUUCGAAUAAAACAAAGGGAGUCGAGCUGCCGCAAACUUACCAUCCAUCAUCUGUUUGGAUUGUACCGAUCUCCUGUUCCAGUGGCCUCUUUUGUUAUUAGGAGGUUCUGCGCGCGUGUGUGCCUGCCAGGGGAACGGUGUGAAUGUUUCUGUGUGUGAGCUGAGCAAGUCAAAGCCAGGUGAAUGUAUAGCAUGAUGAUGGAGACGGACUUGCACUCUCCAGGAGCCCAGACUAACACAAACACGGGUCACACGGGACCCAACAGCGGCAGCAAAGUUAACCAAGACCGCGUUAAGAGACCCAUGAACGCCUUUAUGGUGUGGUCUCGGGGUCAGCGCAGAAAAAUGGCUCAGGAGAACCCAAAGAUGCACAACUCCGAGAUCAGCAAGCGCCUCGGGGCGGAGUGGAAACUCAUGUCCGAGGCGGAAAAGCGACCCUUCAUCGACGAGGCGAAACGGCUGCGCGCCAUGCACAUGAAGGAGCAUCCGGAUUACAAGUACCGGCCCCGGAGGAAGACCAAGACGCUGCUCAAAAAGGACAAGUACUCUUUGGCGGGUGGCCUGCUCGCUGGAUCAGGGGGCGGAGGUGGCGUGGGGCUGGGAAUGGGUGCAGCGGGGGUCGGCCAGAGGUUAGAGAGUCCGGUGGGUCACGGCGGGAGCACCGCGGCGAGCUACGCGCACAUGAACGGCUGGACCAACGGCGCGUACUCGGGCCAGGUGGCAGCCGCAGCGGCAGCAGCCGCAAUGAUGCAGGAGGCUCAGCUCGCGUACGGUCAGCACCCGGGCAGCGGAGCGCAUCACCACCACGGGCACCACCACCAUCCACACAACCCCCAGCCUAUGCACCGCUACGAAAUGACAGCUCUCCAGUACAGCCCCCUCUCAAACUCUCAGAGUUACAUGAGCGCCUCGCCUUCAGGAUAUGGGGGGAUAUCCUACACACAACACCAAAACUCGAGUGUGGCGUCGUCUGGGGCCAUCGGCGCGCUGGGCUCGCUGGUCAAAUCGGAGCCAAGCGUAAGCCCUCCCGUUAACGCGCACUCUCGAGCCCCCUGUUCCGGAGACUUGCGAGAGAUGAUAAGCAUGUAUUUACCGACGGCGGAGGCGGGGGAUCCGUCCGUCCAGAGCAGACUUCACGCUGUACCCCAACACUAUCAAAGUUCCACGACGAGCGUAAACGGAACCGUUCCACUGACACACAUAUGAAACAACUACGCAUUCAGACUCAAAUAACCAAAUAUUUACCUCUUUUAGAGCAUAACUACCUUUUUGUACAGAAUGUCUGUUCUUGUAAAUUUGAAGGUGAUAUUAUUUAAUUAUAAUACUUAAGGGUGUCCUUGGGAUGUUGUCUGAUAAUUUGUCCGAAAUGAUACAGUAUGAGUGAGCUUUUUUUGCGAGGGAUUAAUUCUUCUUUUGUGAGUGUGAGAGAUUCUGUUAAAACGCGAAUAAGAGUGGGUGCUUCAGUGUAUAGUCAAAUACAAUGUUUUUAAAGUUUUCUAAGAUUUUUCUCGAUCCCACUUUGAUUUGUCAACACGUGAGUUGCUGUAUUUGAUCUAUUACUUAUUUGUUUGUUGUAUUUUUUUCCUUGUACAUUGUGAAUAUAGGCUAUUACAGAGAAGAGAUUGAUAAAACAUCUGUAAAUAUAUUUCGGAUUUGCCAGGGGAUAAAAAGGAAACGUUUUGCGUUGAUGUGAGAAGAAUAAAUUUCACUGGUUUUGCUCUG